GUUUGCACUUUGCACUUUGCCCUAGGUCUUUCGCUUUCUUCUUAAUACGCCAUGGCCAAAUAAACUCUUAAUUUCUUGUUCCUGCGCUCGCCAACUCCUUUCGCCAUUGUUGGAGCUUAAAGUCUUCAGCCCAAGCACCCGAUUUUCCCUAUCGGUUGCCUAAGAGAUGAGGGAAUGCUACCGGUUUGUCUUGCUAGCGGUGGUGCUUACAUGGUCUGUGAGAGGCUUAAAUGCUAGUGCAGGUGAUAUUGACCCGCAUUACAGGACUUGUGUUAAACAAUGUGAAGAAAUAGGAUGCAUUGAUGAGCAGUGCUUUCCUCAGUGCAAAUUCUCUCGAGAUGGUGUUUCCGUUGACCAGCCAUGGUAUAUGCAAGAACCACUUUACUUAAGGUGGAAACAAUGGGACUGCCAAAGUGAUUGUCGUUACUAUUGUAUGGUCAAACGAGAGGGUGAAAGAGAAGCACUUGGUUAUCAGCCUGUUAAAUAUCAUGGUAAAUGGCCCUUCAAGCGUAUAUAUGGGAUCCAGGAACCUGUUUCUGUAGUAUUCUCUGCCCUCAACCUUUCGAUGCAUUUCCAUGGCUGGCUAUCCUUCUUUAUCCUUCUCUAUUACAAGUUACCUCUGAGACAAGACAAGAAGGCAUAUUACGAAUAUGCCAGUUUGUGGCACAUUUAUGCACUCCUUUCAAUGAACGCUUGGUUUUGGAGUGCUGUUUUCCAUAGUCGUGAUGUGGAUCUGACAGAGAAAUUAGAUUACUCAUCUGCUGUGGCACUGCUUGGAUUUUCACUCAUUUUGGCAAUACUAAGAAGUUUUAAUGUGAGGCAUGAGGCUACCAGAGUGAUGGUUGCUGCUCCUUUGCUUGCUUUUGCACUUACGCAUAUCUUAUACAUCAACUUCUAUGAACUUGAUUAUGGGUGGAACAUGAUUGUUUGUGCAAGUAUCGGCGUCUCCCAACUUGUCAUUUGGGCAAUCUGGGGCGGUAUCAGUGGUCAUCCUUCUCGCUGGAAAUUGUGGACGGUGGUUGUGGGCGGUGGCUUAGCACUACUACUGGAAAUCUAUGAUUUCCCUCCAUAUGAAGGCUUUGUGGAUGCUCAUGCGCUCUGGCACGCUUCUACCAUUCCUCUCACCUAUCUUUUGUGGAGUUUUGUGAGGGAUGAUGCUGAGUUCCAGACCUCCAAUCUUCUUAAGAAGUCUAAAUAGUCUGUUUCCAUUUGGGGUGUCUGUGGAGAUUGCAAAUUUUCCCCCCAUUCAAUUAAAACUGGAAAGGAAAAUUAGGCAUUGCUGUAUAACAAAUAUUCCAUUUAUUGGAGGAAUGAGAGGUCAGAACACCUCUUUUUUUUUCACUCUUUCUUCCUCCAAGUUAUUUUAGUGAGAGCCUUAAUUGUAGCAGAGUUUGGUUCGGAAACUUUUAACUUUUUUUUUUCCUUUUUAAGAUUCACCUCCAGUUGGUUUAAGCUUUGAUGGUGCUGGUGAUGUAGAGCUAUCAGGAUUUUGUAGAUUUAAUAUGUUAAUGACUGUUUUUAACCGAUUGA